GUGUGGUCGCUGCCGGGGUGGAGGCCAACGCGACCAACGAGAGCUGUGGAUAGAGCGGCCCCCUCGCGCUUCCGCCCCCGCUUCCGUCUGCGGUUCCCAUGGAGAUGGAGAACGGUGGCCGUGGGUGCCAGCUGUAGGGAGCAGCGAUGCCGAGCUCCUAGCCCUGUGCCAUGAGCUGCCCUCAGCACUAGGGAUGCUGGGGCUGAAGGCUCAAGCCUCCACCAAAGGAAGAUGCUCCAGACCAGCAACUACAGCUUGGUGCUGUUCCUGCAGUUUCUGCUGCUUUUCUACGACCUGUUUGUCAAUUCCUUCUCGGAGCUGCUCCGCACAGCUCCUGCUGUCCAGCUUGUCCUCUUCAUCAUCCAGGAUAUUGCCAUUCUCUUCAAUGUCAUCAUCAUCUUCCUCAUGUUCUUCAAUACCUUUGUCUUCCAAGCUGGACUGGUCAACCUUCUCUUCCACAAGUUCAAGGGGACCAUCCUACUGUCGGCAGCCUACCUGGCACUCAGCAUCUCCUUCCACGUCUGGAUCAUGAACCUGCGCUGGAGGGAUUCCAGUCGCUUCAUCUGGACAGAAGGCCUGCAGACACUAUUUGUUUUCCAGCGGCUGGCGGCUGUGCUCUAUUGCUACUUCUACAAGAGGACUGCAGUGCACCUGGGUGACCCACUCUUCUACCAGGACUCGCUCUGGCUGCGCAAGGAGUUUGCUCACUUCCGUGGUUGAUGGCCCCACUCCAGCUUGCUGCCCCCUCUGCAGCUCCUCCCCCUGGGGGGAUGGAGCCAAGAGGCUGGAGGGUCCCAGCCCCCAGAUGGGGGAGGGAGGAUCCAUCCCGGUGUCACAGCCCCUGGUGGGAUUUGGGCGUUUUUAUGA